AUGGAUCUGGGAAUUAAUAUUAAUUCUAAAUCUAGUAUUAUCAAUAUUGAUCGUGCUACUCAAACUACAUCCCCAAUUAUUCAUGAACAAGAAAUCCAAAUUGAAUCCAGUACAUCCUCUAAUGCACACGCAAAAAGUAAAGUUUUGGAAUUAUUUACUAAACCAUAUGGUCCACCCAAAAGUCGCAAAACAAAAUGUCAUGAAUGUGGGAAAUGA